UCCUAAGUCACAAAGUCAUGGGCAGGUGGGCAUCCUUUCGACAGGGCUUUCAGGAAUAGAGCUGUACCACUCUCCCCAGUGAGCUGGGGAAGUAGCUCCCUCUCCCAGACAGCGUUGGGAUCAAGCCCAUGCAUAUCCAAUCCCUGCCAAAGCCCUCUCUCCCCAAAGCUCACUGGGAUAAAGGGAUGACUUCAAGCACUCCUGGGAUUUGCCUAUUCGAGGCCAGGACAUACAGCUUGAGACAGAGGUGAAUGGACAAGCAGGCUUCUUAGGGAAGCAGCUGAGAGGUGACAAGAAAGCAGCAGCCCUCAAGAGAGAGCCCCGGCAGCAUGGACAAUGACGAGCCUCUUGAGGACGAGACAAAAGAUGAGACUGAGACUGAACUAGCGGCCCAGAGCAGCGAUGACAUGCUCUACUGUGAGGCCGAAGCUCCCACCACUGUUGUAAAAGAGAAACCCACCUGGGAGGAUUCAGAAACAGACCUGGAGAUCGAAGAUACUGAGAGGUCCUUCACCACUGGACAAAGGGAGCUCUACCUGGAGGCCUGCAAACUGGUGGGGGUGGUGCCUGUCUCUUACUUCAUCCGGAACAUGGAAGAGCCCUACAUGAAUCUCAGCCACCAUGGUUUGGGCCCCAUGGGUACCAAGGCUAUUGCUAUAGCCCUGGUGUCUAACACAGCUAUCAUCGGGCUGGAGCUGGAAGAUAACUGCAUCAUGGAGGAGGGCGUCCUGAGCCUGGUGGAGAUGCUGCACGAGAACUACUAUCUCCAGGAGCUGAAUAUUUCCGACAAUGACCUGGGUUUGGAGGGAGCCAAGAUCAUCGCAGACUUCCUCCAGAGAAGCAUUUCUUCGCUCUGGAAACUUAAGCUUUCAGGAAAUAACUUCAAAGAGGAAUCUGCAGCUCUCUUAAGCCACGCCCUGUCGUCCAAUUACCGAAUUAAGAAGCUGAAUCUCAGUCACAAUGAAUUCUCUGACAAAGGAGGGGAAUACCUGGGUCAGAUGCUAGCCCUCAAUGUAGGGCUCCAGUCGCUGGAUCUGAGCUGGAAUCACUUCCACAUUCAGGGAGCUAUGGCCUUGUGCAGCGGUCUCCGGACUAAUGUGACCCUGAAGAAACUGAAUCUGUCCAUGAAUGGCUUUGGGAAUGAAGGGGCACAGGCCCUCGGGGAAGUCCUCAAACUCAACAGCUGCCUGACCCAUGUGGAUGUCAGUGGCAAUGACAUCAGCAACGAAGGGGCCUCCAAACUCAGCAGGGGACUGGAGUACAAUGAAACCCUCCAAGAGCUGAAGCUCUUCCUGAACCCUAUAACUAUGGAUGGGGCUGUUUUACUUAUCCUGUCCAUCAAGAGGAACCCCAAGUCUAAGAUGGAAGAGCUUGACAUUUCUAAUGUGCUGGUAACCGAGCAGUUCACGAAAACCCUGGAUGGGGUAUACGCCGUCCAUCCCCAGCUGAACGUGCUGUACGACACAGUGAAAAGCCUCUCUGGCAAGAAACAAGCUCUCUCCUUGCGGACAAAACCCAUGAAACUGAUCCAGAGCUAUGUGGACCAGCACAAAAUCCGAAUUGUGGACUUCUUCAAGAGCUUGAACCCCACUGGCGCGAUGGAGAUGCCUGUGGGCGAGUUCCGGAGAGCUAUGAUACAGCAAAACAAGGUCCCUCUGAACCGGAACCAAGUUGGAGAGCUGAUCAAGAAGCUGGAGGAGCCCAAGGGCAUGGUGAACUUCAGCUCCCUUCUGUAGCGAAGCUUGAGCCUUGGUCGUGCCUGGGAGCUGGGCCAGAUGCUUCCACCCGUGGGAGAGGGACGAGGUGCACCGGCUCAGGCCCUGCCCAGGUCCGUGGGGUGCACCCAGCACGGCUCGGUCAGAGUGUGCCCAUUCUCAAAUGGAAAUCUCCGACCCUAGGCCAGUCGUGUAAAUCAGUGCUGCAGCCCCCGGCCGACGCUGACCUUCACCUACAUUCAACGUUCUGCCAAGCUGAGGGUCGUCUAAAUGGUCCCAUUUGAACUUGAGCCGCCUAACACCCGUCCACCCCGUGAGCCAAGAGGCUGCGUGGGCCUCGUCGCGCCUUUCAGCCGGUUCCUUCCGAGCGCGGAAGUCAUAGCAACAAGCGCAGUCUGGAAAGAAGUCCCUGAGAGGCAGGAGCGCCGGCGAGGCUGGCGGUGGCGCAGGACACUGAGUGGACGCCAACGCCAGGGCUGGGCACGAGCGAAUAAAGUCCGGCUUGGUUCAGGGCA